AUGUCUUCAAAACCAAAUACAGAAUCACGUGAACAUCUGGAGCAGCGCAAGACCCUUAUCACACUCCACAAUGAUAUCGAGGCUCUUGAGAUUCACGUACUUGACCCAUCCCAACUCGAUCAAUUCAACAUCCAGCGCGAACACAUGAGUCUUGAUCGAGAUUUAGACUCCAACCCGCGCUUCUUUACACAAAAUACCAACAUUCCAGAACCUGAUGACGAAGUGCUUGAUGAAACAGUGGAUAUUCUACAUAACAAAGACUUUUUUACCGACCCAUUCUCUCGUGCUUAUGCACUUCAGACCCAAUGGGGAGCUUAUACCUUUUCUUCACACUGGAUUAGCAGCAAAACACCGUGGCGAUCAAUGAGUGUUAGCGAUUACCGCCCUUUCAGGUCUUUGUACAAGUACGAUGAACCCAGCUUUGGCGUUGUUGACAUCAUGGACGUUGCCGGAGCAGAAUACCCUCAUAUAACAGCAGCCACAUACAUCAGUUUACACGAGCGGGACAGCAGCUCACUGUCUCGUGGAGAGCUAUUGAUUAUUCUCCGCAUAAUGUUGGCCCAGUUGAGAAAGGCGCGGUUACUUCAUCAUACUCUCGCACCGAUUUUGAUUCUCGCAUUUGUGGGGAACCGUGCACGUAUGCUGGAGUCCUAUUUCGAUGGCAAAAGUCUUCUUGUGCGCUCUUCUGAUUUCUACGAGUUCUCUGACCGGAAGUCCGCGUCGGUAUCUCUCAAGACCUUAACAGAAUGGUAUCUUGGUGACCCAACGGGAAAGACGGUCUAG